UCUCUCUCUCUCUCUAGGGUUUUGUUUUUCAUUGAUCGCACGAAAAAUUCCCCAAUUGGUCGUAUCUAUUCGAUCGAAAUGGAAUAUGGAGGCGGAGAUUUGGAAGCGAAAAUUGACAUGUUGCUGAAUGUGGAGAAGCAGAUGAGGCAAGUGGGUGAUGUUGCAGGUACGAGGAAGGCCGUCACACCUCUUGCAAUUCUUCUUCUCACACCUCAAACGAUACCCCUCAUUUUCUCCCGCCAAGAAAGCCAAAGCCGGCGAAGGAGAGGAGCCGCAGUUCUGUGGGUACAAAUCCAAGAAAGGAAAACCCUGCUGAGUAAAGAAAACCAAGAAAAGCAGGGGGGAGAGAUAGAGCGAGGAGGAGGCCUCAAAUUAUGGUUUGGGAUUACACUGGUUUUGGAUAUACAAGGUACAAUGCCAGAGACAUUAACAAAGAAAUACUAGGGUAAGCACAAUUCUGCAGCUGUCUCCUUCCGUGAUGAAACCUGUAAUGUUCACAGAUAAUCUUGUUUGUGGUUUUCAUUUAGGUGUGUUGUGGAGAAUAAAGUGCUUCAUAGAUCUUUAUUAUCAUGCUUCAUAGGCCUUUCCCUCAUUUUUUUUUCUUUUUUUCGUUUAAUCCGUAAUACCCAAACCUGAGGGUAUGUGUCUGUAUAAUUAUCCCGUAAUCUGCCUUUGUUAUUCCAGCUCUUAAGAUGUGACAAUUUGUAAGACGUGAACAUUUAUCUAAAU